AUGGAUAUAAAGACCUUGUUGGACAAUCUUCAUGAUGAAGUAUCCUGCUCUGUGUGCAUGUGUCCAUUCACUGAUCCAAAGCAGUUGCCUUGUUUGCACAGUUUCUGUCUUCACUGCCUGAACGGCAUUCAACGAACGAGCGGCGUCCGUGGUAAAAUUACGUGCCCUGAGUGCAGGAGACAGUUUCAGAUUUCUGGAAGUGGAAAUCCCAGCGAACUUCCCACUAAUUUUCGAAUAAACAGCUUGCUAGAUGUCUUAGCAAUAAAAGAGUGCAGUACAGUCAACGUGAGAUGCAGAAACUGCGAGAAACGGAGCUCCCAUACCUCGUAUUGUUUCCAGUGUUGUUCCUUCUGGUGUGAAGAAUGUAUUGUAGGACAUAACAUAAUGCGAGAAAAUAAAGACCACAGAACUCUAGCGUUGAAAGAUUUUCAAGAUCAAGACAUCAAAGCUGUUUUAGAGCGACCAGCAUUUUGUCAGAAGAAACACCAUGAAAACAAAGAGCUGGAGCUCUUUUGCAAGGACUGUAAAGUCGCCAUUUGUAGUGCUUGUGCCAUGACACUUCAUGAAGGUCAUGGUAAGAUGCUUUUGCAAGAAGCUACAGAUGCCCGCAAGACACAGAUCAAAUCCACUAUUAAAUCUUUGAAAGACAAAGCACUGGAAAAACGAAAGAAAGUAGAAAAAAUGAACCAAAAGAGCAUCGAACUUCAAUCGCAAGUAGCCGACGUAAAAAGUCAAGUGCAGUCCUUUGUAGACCAAAUUAUUGCAAUCAUCGAAGCGAGGAAGCAGGAUGUUUUUGAUGUGAUUGAUAAUCAAGCGAAAAAAUCACUGGAAUCUCUGUCACAGAAAAAAGACGAAGUCGACAAACAAGUGAAAUUAAUUGAAUCAGCAAUUGAACAAACUGAAACUCUGUUGAAACAAAGCUUUAGUACUGAAAUCCUUGGAUUCAGUGAAACAUUUGAUACAAUCCUGCGGGAACAGAGCAGUCAAGAAAACCGUGACACUGAAUGUAUUCCUCGAUUUAGUUUUACUAAAAGUGAAAAACUGAUUAGCCUUUUGAACAUGAGCGAGGGGAUAGGUAAUGUAGAAUUUGUAGUUAACGAACCUAAAUCGCAACAAUCGGGAACUAAAGGUAAAGAAAGUAGUAAAGUAAUUGCUGGGAAUAAAGGGGCAAAUGUUCGUGACAGCCACGGUCCUCUUGAGACUCAGGUACAAACCAGGCGCUUCAGAUCUGUGCUGUCAUUUGGACCAUACGGUAAGUCUCUUGGAAAGCUUAGCGUUCCCUAUGGGGUGGCAGUGAAUGCUCAGGAUGAAAUUGCUGUGACUGAGUGGGGUAACCACAGGGUUUCAGUGUUUGGUAGUGACGGUACCUACUUGAGAUCGUUCGGUAGAUACGGUAUAAAGAAUAAUGGUGAGUUUCAUUACCCUUCAGGGAUCGCUUUUGAUAGUCAUGGCAAUAUUGUAGUGGCAGACUCUUUUAACCACGGGGUGCAAGUCUUUCAUAGGAAUGGUAACUUUCUUAGUAAGUUUGGUGAACAAGGAAGUCGUGAUCAUCAGCUUAGUAACCCUUCAGGUUUAUCAAUAAACGGUAACGGUGAUAUUAUUGUUGCUGAUAAAGGUAACCAAUUAAUCAAGAUAUUCUCCUCUAGUCACAACUAUUUACGUAAAUUUGGUGGCGCAGGUUCUUUGGUCACUCCCCAUCACUGUAUCCAACACGGUCAAUAUUUUAUAGUCUCAGAUGCGGGUGAUCAUUCCAUUAAAAUGUUUGAUCUUGAGGGAAAGUUUAUUUCUAAAUUUGGAAAACAGGGAAACAAGGAUGGACAGUUCAAUAAGCCCGGUUACUUGUCAGUUAACAAAGAAGGAUUGCUAAUGGUCUGUGAUUCACAAAAUCACAGAGUUCAGGUAUUUGAACUGAGUGGAAAGUUUGUUACAAAGUUUGGAAGUAAAGGUAGUGAGAGAGGAGAGUUAAAGUUUCCAAGGUCUUUAGCAAAUCUUAGCGAUGGAAGGAUAGUUGUGUGUGAAAUGAGUAACAACCGAAUCCAAGUGUUUGACGAGAUAUAAUAUGAUCUUACCAGUGGUAUUAUUGUUGAAAAGUUCAAAUUGCUUAUCAAGAAUAUGAAUCCUUAAUUUUUCGAACAACACCAUCUUGUGAGGUAUUUGCCACUGUUGACCUUUUGUAUUUGUCGUGGGGGGCAUUAGGUUACCCUCACAAACAGUUUGUCUUUUCUGUGAACGUAACAAUAAAUUAUAAAAUCGUGGCUGUAAUACGGCAGUACCCCCCCCCCCCCGGGGGCUGUAAUAACUGCUGAAAUGACACUCAACCUGUAAAUAUAUUUUGUAACCUUUUUUUCAAAUGUAUUGUAGUCUCAUUUAAUUGCCGAUUGUAGUUUAAUACGCCGGGUGGGGGCAUUAGGUUGUCCUCACGCGUAGUUUGUCUUUUCUGUGAAUGUAACAAUAAAUUAUAUAAUCGUGGCUGCAAUAAUAACUGUAAUAAUAGUCGAAGUGACAUUCAAAUUGUAAAUAUAUUUUGUAAUCCUUUCUCCUGACUUUUUCAAAUAUAUCGUGGUCUCAUUUAAUUGCCGAUCAGGGGUAGUUUAAUAAGGUUGUUCACUUUUUAAGUAUCAAAAUUGCUCUUUUUAUGUUGUACACCCUUUCAUUUUCUUUCCAGCAGUUGCUAGUUGUUAGCUGGUGUAUUUUUGGAAAUAUUAUUCCCGAGCCGUUAGCUCAAGUACCAUUUUUUUUCUCAACAGGUUCUUCAGGUCCUUUAGUUAUAACAUAUAUUAAACAGAUUGUAUAAUAACGAUUUGUUGAAAACGCAUUAAAGCGUCAUUAAAGGACAAUCAAAUAUAAAGAAUGUUUUUUUUUUCUUCAAAUUUAUCGCUGUCAAUGAGACCGUCAUGUGUUGGAGUUAAACGUACCAGUUUCCUUCAUUCAAGUGUAAAUGUAUUUAGCACCAGAGUACUAUAUUGAGGACACUAUUUUUACCUCCCUAUUCGGAGAGUGAAUGGACCACCAUUUCUAUGUCCAAUGAUCUGCAGCGGAGCCAAGUAUUGGUCUACUGAGAAGUUUACGGGACAAGACAGGACAGUCAAAUCCCGCUUAAUACACAUACCUCAAUAUUUGUCCGUGGGAAAAAAUGCCCUUACAUUGUCUCUUGAUUCAACCCUCUUAAUAAGGACACUUUCUAUGCCCCGUCAGUGUCUGUAGUAAUGGGGUUUGACUGUACCCUCCUCCUUAGUUAUUUUAGGACCCUCAGUAUUGGUCCGGCCUCCUGCACCUCACCAUCCUACAGUCAAACGCUCUACAGGGUGAGCUUAUCUUUUCGUUUUAAGGUAGAAACCUACCAUAGACGCUUCAGUUCAGUUCAUGUACUACGCGCUGAACCUAAGUGUAACCUGCGUAGAAUGCGCAUGAAGGGGAUGGGAGAGGUAGGACAUGGGAACAGAUCUCCUCCCCUCUCCUCUUCUCUCCUCUCCACUCCUCUUGACCUUAUCUUAUUUACCUUAAAUCCUCUAUUAAGUCCUCCCUCUCAAAUAACCCCCCCCCCUUUUUGAGGAUGAAAGUUAAGAGGCCCCCCCUUCUCAUUUAAGUCUCGCCUCCCCCUUAUUAUUCUUCACUAAUAAAUGAUAGACUGUAUUAAAUAAUAAUGACUGUUUACAGACUGUCCAACCAUCCUGAUCUCGUCGGGCUUCUCCCGAUUUUGUUUGAAAAUCCCGAAUCCCGACCAAUAUGCGAUGGAAUAAGAACAAUCACGAUUUUGAAAUCUGUUUUGAUAAAUACACAUGCACAGGAGCACCUAACAGAGUGUAUUUAAUUGAAACUGAUACCCAAAAAACUUAAAUAUACAACCUAGAAUAUAAAACAAAAUCGAGUACUUGUAUGUAAAAACACGCAAAUAAAAAAAGGGAAAAAAACAAUCAAUUUAGCGAAAGAAAUCGCCCGCUAAGAACACAAGAAUAGCGUUUCAGAGCAUUAAAAUUUCAAAAUUUUCUGGGGUAGCAUGCUUCCAGACCCCGCUAAGGACUCGCACCCUCGACGCUGUGAUUCGUAUAUUAUUUAAAAAAUAUCCCGAUUUUACAUACUCAAACGGUUGGACAGUCUGAGUUCAGCUGUGAGUUUAACUUCUUUUUAUUACCAACUGGAAGUUGGCUGCAUGACCUCCAACCUUCUUGUUCUUGAGCUGCUCUACUUUGUAUUCUAGUUCUUAAUGGAGAACUGAUACCAUCGUCUUUUCUAAAUUAAAUAAGCUUCCCCCCUCUCAAAUAAGCCCCCUGUCUCUGUUAAUCCAUCCCCUCAAAUAGGCUUUUAAUAAAUAAGCCUCCCCCCGGGAAGCUUAAUAGAGGAUUUACGGUAUCUGUUUAGCAAAAUAGGGUUCCUCAUAAGAGGAGUCUCCUUAAUCCCCCCCAUAAUCCCUUCCCCUUCUCCCUGUCCAUCCACUUUUUCUAAUCUUCACACAGGUAAACCCUAUGGCAUCGUUGAGCAACGAUAACUUCUCUCCUCAACUCUUCUUUGAGGGCCCGGCGGACUCCCAUAUAAAAGUGACGGGAAUGUUCCUCGAUCAAUCGUCGACUCGGCGCUUUGAGGUGUAAAUUGCAGUUUUUGGUCUCACUUAGGGUGUUCAGGAUGUAAAGUCACUAUAUCUGCCCAUUCAGGUAUCGCUUAGUACUGUGCGUAAAGAAAUUUACAAAACAUGCCCUGACACUGACCAUACAGAAAUCUCCCUUAGGGCCGGGGUUAGUGUAAGCUUGAGCCACACCGACAUUGGUCAGGGAUAAGGGUAGCCUGAAUUCAGACGAUUACUUCGAGUCGUUUUUAAGGGUUUAAUUUGAAUUCUCCGACGAACAUCUCCGCCACUUUUAUAUGGGAGCGCCCCCGGAUUUUAGGGUGUCCAUUUAGUUCUUGGAGAGUCUAAUCGGUUAUCGUUUACCAUAGGCUUUGGGCGUCCAAUGGGUUGGUAAUCAAAACAGACGAGAUGUAAUGAAUUUAAAGAAUGAUGUGUGAUUUUGUGCAGGACCCCUCCAAGGUUCCAUCAUGGCUGAGUGUUCAUCGCAGUUGGUUUAGUUCUAGACUUCGUUAUCGCAGAUCCAAAGGUACAAGCUUAAUUACCGGAUAACUAUCAACUACUAUCAGGUUUAUAAAGAAAGUUUUUUCAUUCCAAAAUAAGAAUUAACACUUUCGAGUUUAAAUAGGGUGUUGCAAAGGAAUACAACGUAGCGAAUUGACAUUGAAAUGCACUUAAACAACUCAAAGAAAAACACGGUGACCUUCUUCCAUCAGAUAAAAUGCUCAAAUAGGAACAUCACUUCCUUAACAAUGGAACGCUACUGGUCACAACUUGUCCUAAAUAAGAAAUUUGCGACUCUGUCUGAGCAAAAUUGCCGUCACAUAUUGAUCUUGCUUUGCCUUCUUUUAUUAUCAUCAGAAGCUGGUAGAAAUUCGCGCUAGAGUUCCAUUCCCUUCAUUGAGAGCGAGGAGCGCGGUCGCUGGCGCCAAAAAUUCCCUCUCAGGAAGGCUGAGCCAUUGGAAAGCCCUCCCGUCGGACGAAAAUGUACAUUCUGACUUGUAUUUUGUUUCUGCAGAAAGCCCAGUAUGGGAGAGUAACAGGAGCAGAGUUCAGUAAACACUUACACAACUGAUGGAAUAUCAAUCAGGUUCCCACGGGUGACAAGGAUAAGAGAUGAUAAGAACUGGCGGAAAACUGCUAAUGAUUUGCCCCAUCUUAGGGUGAGCUAAACAAGGUUAAUUCCCCGAAGUAUCCUGGAUAAUGUUCCACACAUUGACCCUUUAAGAUCUUUUAAGGCAUAAACUAGGUCGGUACUGUGUCUAAUAUCACUGUUGGACGGUUUGCGGAGCGGGGUGGGGAUGGUGAAUUUUCACCCGGUUUCCUGCGCAACCAUGCAACAGGGCGAUCGGUCCCCAAAACUGUCCCAGAGUUUAAUUGGUUUCUGUACCGUCCCACACUCCUCACGCGUGAAGUCAAAUUGACCAAAUUAGGACACUACAGGUGUUUUCAGGGAGCGCGUACUAGAAUUUCGUCUGUUUAAUAGUGUUACACUCAUUAUAACUCUUUGAGACGACCGUUGGACCGGUUAUUACUGUUACCCCAGAAAAGCGUCCGCCUUGUAGAAAGUGAGGAGAGGGGACAUCUUCAGAUGUCCAUUUUAAUGAGCUGUUAGUUUGCUUUCACAAUCACACACAGGCAGCUACAUUACUUAGUGCGGCUCACUUGUUGGAAAAAUGCGCCUGCGCUGUACGCCAUGUGUCACCUCAUAAAGUAGUUCGCCGCGUGCGAAAUCAGAUUCUGAGCUGUAUUAAAAAGAACUGGAUUCGAACUCUUGCUGAGCUAUGUCAUUACGCUUUUUUUCUUUUUUCAUUCAAUUAUUGUUAUAUUUUCCGCAGGUUUUAUUCAAGAACUCAAAAGCAUCUAACAGUGAGUGGCUUUUUCUAUACAUGACCAGUUAAGUAAAGAAAAGAAACUUACCUAAAUGUGAACCUUUGUGGAACCGCUUUGUUCGAAGAGAUCGGCAAAUUUUGUGUACCGUAUUACGUAUGAGUCAGUACACAGGCAACGGAAACGAAAACAAAGUUUGGAGCGCACUGGUUUUUUUUUGAGUGCGUGAAUGUUGGCCAGAAAACUGUCGGCACCAGCUGAGAGCAACGUUUCAUCAGACAUCGAGGAGUUAUUGGGUUGACCUUGUCUACUCUUCCUUCUCAUGAGUUCCUCUUUAAUUGUGAGUUUGGACCAGUUUGCAACUUAUAGAGCUACACAAUUAACAGGUUAAGCCGGCAGUUUUUUUUUUUACCGUAUUUUCCAGCCAACGAAAUGACAUUAACUUUUGACACUAAUUUAGACUGUUAGACAAACAUUACUUAGCUACAAAGGAAAUGAACAAGUAGUUACAGCCUAUUUCAAAUCAAACACUUCGAAAGGUAAGGACACUAUAUUAUUAUAUGCGACCAUUAUUUUUUGUUGAAGAUACUGCAGGAGAUGUGAAAGACGAUGACCACAUGACUACAAUGAUGAUGAUGAGAAUAGAAGUAAUGAUGAUGAUAUUAAUGACUUUGACGAGGACAAUGACUCUAAAUCAGAGGUGAACCACAGGAAGAAAGUAAAUGAUGAGCCACAGAAAGAAAAGCGUUGGACACUGCUGAAGAAGGAUCGCCUAAGAAGAAGGUUUGCUCUGAAUUCAUUUACAUUCCUACAAAUUCAAGUCUGGCCUGGCAAAAAGUUCAAUGAAAAUGGUCUCAUGUAUUUGACAAGCUGACCGAAUUGGAAUAUUUGAAAUCCUUUUGCUAUUUUUUGGAUAUUUUUUUACAGCGCUUGAAACACAUGGACAUGGACUGACAAUUUACUUCUCGAAAGACCUUGAAGAUCAUGCGAAACUCAAAAGAUAUAUUAUUGCGUAUCCUUUGAAAUACCUUUUUGUCUAAUUUAAUAAAAAUUGAGCUGGGAAAACGUGUAUCGCCUUAGACGGCAGCUUACGGAACCACACGUUUCUGUGUUUCCUACCAAAAUAGGAUUCACAAUGUUUUGAAUCCGCACUCAGCUUGAAUUCAGCGGAUUUAUUCCAAAUUGGAAUCAGCCUCGCAUUGUGAAUUAGUGUUUCUUUAGGAAGGCAUUUGAAGAGAAAAUUUCUCGCUUGAAACUUGGCCAGCAGAAUGAAAAAUGUACAUGUUUCUGUACCAAACCAUGGUACAGCUACCACGGUAAAUUCGUCUUCUGUUUACCGUUUCUAAUGGUGACCAGUUUUCAUCCACUAUUCACCUUGAAUGUGAAUUCAGAACUGCAAAGAAACGCAGCAUAGCCACCGCUUUUACAAUUUUUCCCGCGGUUUUUAUCCGCUGCGCUAUACUAUCAUAAGUUUUGAUCUAUAAAACAGGACAAUUUUUUAACCAUUCUUACUGGUUUUUAGUUAUGACGGAGAUUUGGCGAAAGAUUUGAAAAGACCAGUGCAACACAUAUUGUUAGCAACAAUAGGGUAAGCAGAUGAAAACUAAUUUGCGCACUUUUACUUUUUGUGUUAAAAUACAAGGCUGCGAAGAGCCGGGAUCUUAUUUAAAAAUUUUUGUAGGCCUUUAUUGGACCAGACUAGAAACGAGAAGACAAAUUGCAAAAAAAAAAUGAGACUAAGAAGAAAGAAAGAAAAACGGAAAAACGAAAAAAAUUAAAUUACAAGGAAGGUAGAGGGAAGAAACCCAAAAUACAAGCGUGUUUAAACUCACAAGAAAUUAGAAAAGUUAAUAAAGUAAAAAAACAAAACAAAACAAACAAAAACAAGUAAAAAAAAGUUAUACGUUAAGCAAUGAAAGCACGCUGAUCAAAACGUGCACGACCAGUCUGUUUUAGUCUCCGUUGCAGCCGGCCCUGCUGCACGCACUUGAUAAAAACAAAUAAGAAUAAAACAUCUUAAUUCUUGACUCGUACCAUAAUAGUACUAAUUUAAAUUUGUAAAAAAGAUUAUUCGAAAGAGAGCACUUCACCGAAGUUUCCGUAAAAAAUGACAACUACGGACAAUUCAGAUGCUGAUUGUUGCACUUUACUUUCGCUAAAAACAAAUUCUACUUUACCUAUCCCCUCGCUCAUGCUCAGAAGGUUAAAUCAGUUCUUCACUUUUAGUGAAACUAAACCGAAGAAUACAUUCAGUGUCACGGUUUUCUUUGGUGCUGUUCCUGCAGGAUUGAAUCCAAUGUUUCACUGAAUCCAAGGAUUUCAGUACUAAACUUCGUUUCAACAGAGUUUCAGUUUUUCUACGUCGUCUUUUUUCUGUGAGAGAGAUUCCAGUGAUUUUGUCGAUUGAUUACCGACUGCAUCAAAAACAUCUUGUUUUCUCGCUUCUAUGAUCACAAUAAUUUUGUCUACACAACACUGCACUUGGCAUUUUACCUCGGUCUUUGGAUUGAAAUUGCGAUGCUUUUUUGGUUGAAUUAUUCGACUUCCUUUUGUUUUUCCAGUACUUUGUCUUUCAAAGAUUUUAUCACGGAGCUGAUCUUUUUUUUUGCGUACGUCGGUAGCUUCUUGCAAAGGCAUCUUAACAUGACCUUCAAGGUACCUGCACGCUGAAUUAUACUCUAUAAGUUAACACACCUUGGUCUUAAGGAAAAACAGUCCCUGAUAUACUUCACUGCACCUUCAACCCCUCUGUGGUUGGAAGUCUAAGCUUGCAUGGCCCAAAGGCCCACAGAAACUAAAGAUUUAAUAGUAAAAAUUUUCUGCAACUGCCAUUUUUUCUGGAGCAUUUUGUUGGACAGUAUAUAUCAGGGAUGACUUGGCCGAAGGUUGCUUAAUUAAUGUAUUUGCUGGAAACACGCAGAUUAACGACCACAUUCUUGGACAAAAUAGACGGAAAAUUAAUCCGUUCUCUCUCCUGUUAAAUAAAAGAUGAGGAAAUGACGCGUUUUGGCGGGAUUUAGGGAUAAAGCUCCUUCAUUCGUACUUUCGACUUUCUUGACCAUCUCGCGCGGAACAUAUGCUUGCCGGCAAUUUAUCCAUGCUUCAAAGAGCUGAUUAACAAUUCUCGGAAAUACAUUUGAUGAUUUUUAUUCUUCAGUCAAACCACCAAAACAUGUCAAAAAACUCUAUUUGAUUGGUUAAUAAUACAGUGUUUAGUCUGGGUCACAAAACAAGACUUCAUUGUUCAUUUGCAAAGCCAUUCUCUUGAAGUUUCUUGAUCGCCAACAACUAGAGGCCAAAAUUUUAAAAAAGUACCCCUUGCUUCCGACCUUUUCCAUGGACAUAAAGACCUUGCUCGACAAUCUUCAUGAUGAAGUAUCCUGUUCCGUGUGUAUGUGUACAUUCACUGAUCCAAAGCAGUUGCCUUGUUUGCACAAUUUCUGUCUUCACUGCUUGAACGAAAUUCAACGAACAAGCGGCGUCCAUGGCAAAAUUACAUGCCCCGAGUGCAGAAGACAGUUUCAGAUUUCUGGAAGUGGAAAUCCCAGCGAACUUCCCACCAAUUUUCGAAUAAACAGCCUGCUAGAUGUCUUGGCAAUAAAAGAGUGUAGUACAGCUAACGUGAAGUGUGGAAACUGCGAUAAAAGGAGUUCUCAGACCUCCUAUUGCUUCCAGUGUUGUUCUUUCUGGUGCGAGAAAUGCAUUUUAGGACAUGACAUAAUGCGUGCUAACAAUAAACACAGAACGCUAGCACUAAAAGAUUUUCAAGAUCAAGACAUCAAGGCUGUAUUAGAGCGACCAGCAUUUUGUCAGAAGAAACACCAUGAAAAAGAAGAGCUGAAAUUCUUUUGCAAAGGCUGUAAAGUCGCCAUUUGUAGCACUUGUGCUGUAACACUUCAUGAAGGUCAUGGUAAGAUGCCUUUGCAAGAAGCUUCUGAUGAGCGCAAAACACAGAUUAGCUCCAUGAUAAAAUCUUUAAAAGACAAAGUACUGGAAAAACAAAAGGGAGUCGAACAAUUCAACCACAAAAGCAUCGCAUUUCAAUCGAAAGUAGCCGAGGUAAAAAGCCAAGUGCAGUCUUGUGUAGACCAAAUUAUUGCAAUCAUCGAAGCGAAAAAACAAGAUGUUUUUAAUGUGAUUGAUAAUCAAGCGACAAAAUCACUGGAAUCUCUCUUACAGAAAAAAGGCGAAGUGGAAAAACAAGUGAAAUUAAUUGAAUCAGCGAUUGAACAAACUGAAACUCUGUUAAAACGAGGUUUUAGUUCUGAAAUCAAGGGAUUCACUGAAACAUUUGAUUCAAUCCUGCAGGAACAGAGCACCAAAGAAAACUGUAUUCCUUGGUUUAGUUUCACUAAAAGUGAAAAACUGAUUAACCUGUUGAGCAUGAGCGAGGGGAUAGGUAAAGUAGAGUUUGUUUUUAGCGAAACUAAAGCGCAACAAUCAGGAUCAGUAACUAAAGGUAAAAGUAAUAAAGUAGUUGCUGGGGAUAAAGGGGCAAAUUUUUGUGAAAGUCCUUUUAAGGCUCAGGUAAAAACCAGGCGCUUCAGAUCUGUGCUGUCAUUUGGACAAAAAGGUGAGUCUCUUGGAAUGCUUAACGUUCCCUAUGGGGUGGCAGUGAAUGAUCAGGAUGAAAUUGCUGUGACUGAGCUCGGUAAUAACAGGGUUUCAGUGUUUAGUAGCGACGGUACCCACUUAAGAUCCUUUGGUAGGAAGGGUAAGAAUAAUGGUGAGCUCUAUUGCCCUACAGGGAUCGCUUUUGAUAGUCAUGGCAAUAUUGUAGUGGCAGACUGUUAUAAUCACAGGGUGCAAGUCUUUGAUAGGAAUGGCAACUUUCUUAGUAUGUUUGGUAAACAAGGAAGUCGUGAUAAUCAGCUUGAAUUCCCUCGAGGUUUAUCAAUAAACGGCAGCGGUAAUAUUAUUGUUGCUGAUAAAGGUAACAAAUUAAUCAAGAUAUUCUCUUCUAGUGGGGAGUAUUUACGUAAAUUUGGUGGAGCAGGUUCUUUGGUCACUCCCUAUCACUGUAUUCAACACAGUCAAUAUUUUAUAGUCUCAGAUCGUAGUGAUCAUUCCAUUAAAAUGUUUAAUCUGGAGGGAAGGUUUAUUACUAAAUUUGGAAAACAGGGAAUCAAAGAUGGAGAAUUCAAUGAGCCCCGUUACUUGUCAGUUAACAAAGAAGGAUUGCUUAUGGUCUGUGAUGAAGAGAAUCACAGAGUUCAGGUACUUGAUCUGAGUGGAAGUUACAAAGUUUGGAUGUGA